GGCAAUUCAAAGAUUUCAAAGUAGCGCAGCGUAGUGUUUGGUACACCUAUACACGUCUAGGUUAGAAUAGCUAUUUUCAUAAUUAAAAAUAUUUACGUUAAUGCAGCGAUGUCAUGUGAUUUUUACGAGAUAUUCGAACGCGAUACACCGACUGACGGUUGAAUGUAAUUCUUUGACGGUCGAAGUUACUAGUCGUCGUGAGGAAGGCUUCAUCAUGGAGUGACGAUUGUUGAAGAUCGUUGUUUAUAGCCUCCUUGUCGAAACGGUACCGAUCAAGGUUAAAUCGAUAGUUGUAAUUGCUUAUUUUUGAAGCGCGGUGCGAAUUAGUCCGGAGAAAAAUGACCUCGAACGAAGCAGGUGUGUCGCUCGUCGCCCGGGAGGACAUCAGCUGGCGGAAAGAUUUAAUUUCGCAGUUACGCGAAAGAAACAGAUCGCAAACCAGUUGUUUUGCGGAUCUCAUCAGCUUGCAUAAUAGAUUAUUUGAAAGUGCAAACACGCUGCGAAAUACAAACAUGCAGUUGACAAUUGCAAAUGAGACCCUUCGUCGUGAGGUAGCCAAUGGCAGUAUCGGUAUAGGUGGAAAUCCUGAUCUUGAAGCCAGACUUUUAAAACAAGCGGAAGAGUUGGCGAUGCUACACAAGAGGAAAGGAGAACACACACAACAAAUAGUAGAUCUCAAUAACAAAUUGCAAGAAAUAACAAAAGAACUUCAAGCAAAGGAAGCCAGUGUUGCAGAAAGUUCGGAAGCUAAUGUCAACUUACGUUCAGAAAUAACUAAAUGCCUUGGUAGAGAGAAAGAAAUAGAAAGUGUUAAUCAGAUGCUCAAAGAUGAACAUCAGGCCUUGCAACUAGCUUUCGCAUCUUUAGAAGAAAAGCUUAGAAAAACACAAGAAGAAAAUCGACAACUGAUUGAACGCUUAAUAAAAUAUAAAGCCAGAGAUGCAGAAAAAAUGAAUGAAGAGAAUGACAACUUUUUAAGUUUUACGAGUCCAACUGCCUUUUUGAUGCAUACCUUUUCAAAGUAUACCUUAUCAAAGCUCGGAAAGAGGCAAGCAAAGAUGCAAAAAGAAUUAGAAGAUGCAGCACGAGAUACACGACCUGUUAGUCCUGAUCGUUUAAGUUUAAAAGAAGUUGCUGGUCUUCCGACAGCAGUGCCAACAAAAGUAUCCGUAACAUUUAGUGCCCAUGAGGGAGAAGUAUAUGCUGUUAAAUGGUCACCUACUGAUAGAAUUCUGGCUACUGGUGGUGCUGACAGGAAAGUGAAAUUAUGGAACAUUACUAAAGGCACAUCGGAGAGUAAAGGCAUCCUCGUCGGCAGCAACGCUGGUGUGAUGUCGGUGGACUUCGAUUCGACGGGCACCCUUAUUCUUGGAGCAUCCAACGAUUAUGCGAGCCGCGUCUGGACCGUUAGUGAUCUUCGCCUAAAGCACACCCUCACGGGCCACUGCGCAAAGGUGAUGGCGGCGAAGUUUCUUGGCGAACCGUCAAAAGUAGUUACGGGAAGUUAUGAUCGCACGUUAAAAAUCUGGGAUCUGCGCAGCAAAGCAUGUAUAGAAACGAAGUUUGCUGGUUCUAGUUGCAAUGAUCUCGUAACUUCAGAUGGUGCUGGCUCCACGAUAAUCAGUGGUCAUUUUGAUCAAAGAAUCAGGUUUUGGGAUACAAGAGCUGAAUCCAGCUCAAAUGAUAUCUUAUUAGAAGGAAAAGUUACAUCUUUGGACUUGUCCCGCGACGCAAAUUACCUUUUGAGUUGCGUGAGGGAUGACACGGUGAAAUUGAUUGAUCUACGAAUGAAGAAGAUUGUGGGGUCGUUCAGUGCUGACGGUUUCAAAGUGGGAUUCGAUUGGACAAGAGCUGCUUUCAGUCCUGACGGGCAGUACAUAGCGGUUGGGUCCGCGGACGGUUCCGUCUUUAUCUGGUCUAUAGCGACGAAUAUGAUCGAAACGACACUAAAGGGACAUACGGCAGCAGUAACUGCCGUAUCUUGGCACCCGCAUGGCACAUACCUAGCAUCUGUCGAUCGCGCCAAAACGGUGACAGUUUGGGGCGACCACGUUUGACAGGAGGAGUGAUCCCGGGACAGACGAUUAUUGUUUCACGCAUGAAGAUCUCGUGUUCCGUUCUCGAGUUUCUCGCAGCCGUGAACACGAAGUGACCGCGCCCGCGCUCGCGAUUCGCGUCAGCAAUGCACCGAGAGAAUUACCCAGUGAAUAACCAGCAGGAGGAUAAUCAAAAUCGUUGGUCGAUUUGGCCGCGCGGGUUGUAAAAGCCUUGUCAAAAGGAUGCCAUUUCGAGACUGUAAAGCGCAGACACCACACUGAACAAAUCCAGGAGCGAUAGAGACUAUUGUACAUAAAAAUGCACUUAUUGUUACUCCCAGGUUGUAUAAAAAAUUCCUUUUUUAGAAUAGUGAAACGCCGCAUCGCGCCCACAAGAAAUUUAAGAGAUUAUCGUAGUUACUGGUGUUUCGAGAUUCGCUAGGUAUACGCUUUUCUUUGCUAACUCUGAAAGUACAGUCGCCUAUCAAUCGUCUGUACCGGAAAAUUCGGUCGCUCUCGGGGUUGAAAGUCUACAUGUAACAUUCAUGGUGUACGGUAGAACGUUUUCUUGCACGAAUGGAAUCUUAACCCAUUAUAAAAUAUAGGCUCCCUAAAAUAAUUUUUUUUCCUUUGUUUAACACGAGGUCAAUUAUUGAAAUAUUUCCUAGCAGAGAACUGGAUGUUCAACAUUCGAGCACGAUAAAUGAUAUUUUUUGAAAUAUGAGAUAAGGAAAUAUGUAGACUUUAAUUUAAACGCGCUAAAUUUGAAUGAGAUUAUUUCCUCAGAAUUAAUUAGCAAAAACAAAUCAAUUAUCAGAAACAAAUUAAGAACUGUUUGAUGUCUACAGAAACACUCAUUGUUAGUUUUAGUUAUAUAUUAUUUUCCUUGCGUAUUAAAAAUUACUUUAUAAAGAUAGAUCAAAUAAUAUAAUCAUUCUAAGUACUUUGUUCCUAUAAUUUGUAAGAUUAAUUCUACUGGAAUAAUCUCACUCUAACUUACACAAGAUCACUUUUACAAUUCGAUUUGUCAUUACAUUUUUCAACAUCAGUGAAACUCGUACGUCUUAAUACAAGUCUGAUAGAAUGGACAUCAGAAAUAUACGAAUUGAAUAAACAAGGCACAAUAAUUGUACGAUAUUGAUAUUAUACUAACUAAUUAAGUUAUACAUGAUUUACACAAUUUAAUUAAUAAUUUUCACUGAUAAAUGCGAUUAUUAAAAUUAUUUACGUAUAGUUUUUAAAAUAAGCUAAUAUUAAGUCUUAGAGAGGAUUAUAACCAUUUGAUUGAACGAGCUCCAUCAAUGUAAACUAAAACGGAUUCCUACAAUUAUAAUAGUGUGCUAAGUUUUUAGCAUUUUUGACAAUCAUAUAUAUUUUUUAUUAUUGUAUCACGCAUAUAAUAAUAUUUUAUUAUGUCCAGUCAAAGGAAUAAUGUGCAGCUAUCCAAUUUUAUAUUUAUUAUCACAUAGAUAUUUCUAUCUCACAAUACUUUUUUGUUGUUUUACCUUUUAACGGAGCUCUUCGGUCAAUGUAUUUCGUAUUUAUUAUGAAAAUAUAUUUGUAUAAAAUCCUAGUAUUUAAAAAAAAAAAA